AUGCCCCCCUCACGGACGCCAAAAUCACCGCCUGAGCCGCCAAGGCCCUCGGCCCUCCCUCAGCAGGUGCGCGUCGCCGAUACCCCAAGGACUCUGCGUGCAGCCGGCGUGCCCGGCGGCCUGACCCAACCCUCUCCCCUAUAUCUGGGCCUGGCUGCUGACUUCAUAGAGGAGACCAGGGUCUCCGCCGAACGCUCUGGGCAGGGAUUGCUGAACCUGCUGGGUGAGUCCAGUGAGUCAGAGGCGAUUCAGGUUUUAUCCAAAAAACAAGGAGAAUUCACUGUGGUCAAGAAGCAAAUAUCGGUGAGGUCACUGUUCUGUUGGACACACUACGGGGCUCCACUGACUGGGGAGUGACUGUCUGUACAGGUGGUCAACUGCAGCCGUGUGUUCAGCCCCAGGUCUCUGAGGACGCUGGUGAUAUCCCUGCAGCAGCUACAGACUGCAGGGCAUUUGGUGCUUCAGGAGGCCCUAGUGGAUGAGAAUCUGCGUGUGUCCCCGAUCCAGGUGGAGCUUGACCUGAAGCCCCCAGAGGGUGAAACUGGAGCCUGGGCAGAAGAGGACUUUGGAGCACCCAUUCGGGACAACUCAGAGCUGAUCAUUCCCAAUGUGGGCUUCCAGGAGCUGGAGUAACCUGGGGAGGCCUGGCUGGAGCGGUGGGCAGUGGCUUUGGGCUGUAGGCUAGCUUGAGGAGUAGGUCAGCAGGGUGAUGAGGACAACGAGCUGGAGCUGGAGCUGGAGCUGGAGGACAAGCCUGCUGUGGAGCUUUCUGGCAUCGUGUUCAGCCCCCUCAAGAGCCGAGCUCGGGGCCUGGCCCGCAGGGAUCCCUUCCAGGUAUCCAGGGCCCAGGACUUCCAGGUGGGGGUCACGGUGCUCGAGGCCCGGAAGCUGGUAGGAGUCAACAUUAAUCCCUAUGUGGCCGUGCGCUUUGGGGAGCAACGCCGAGUGACCGCCACGCAGCGCGGGACAAAUUGCCCCUUCUUCAACGAAGGGGGUUACUUCUUGUUUGAAUUUCAUGAGACCCGGCUUCACCUCCAGGACUCGCUGCUGGAGAUCACGGUGAGGGGGGUAGGCGUGAGAGGUUUCCGUCAGAGAAGGGGAGAUGCCGAAGCUCCAGGACUAACGCCAAUUCCCCAGGCUUUCCAUUCGUGGACCCUCCCCUUUAUGGCCACCCGGAUAGGCACCUUCAGGAUGGACCUGGGCAUUACCUUCGACCAGCCAGGUACUGAACCCUCCCCUCACGAUGGCCACUUCUAUCAGAAAUGGGCUUCUCAGCACGACUCCCGGGAUACACGCGCCGGGACCAAAGGUUUCGUCAAGGUCACUUUGUCCGUGAGGGCGCGCGGGGACCUGGCCCCUCCGCUGCCACCCCCGGGCCCUGGCCACAGUUCGGACAUCGAGAAGAACCUGCUGCUGCCGCGUCGGGUGGCAGCGGAGAGGCCGUGGGCGCGGCUGCGAGUGCGUGUGUACCGCGCCGAGGGGCUUCCGGCGCUGCGCCCCGGCCUGCUGGGCAGCCUGGCGCGCGCCCUGCACGACCAGCGCGUCCUCAUGGACCCCUAUGUGCGGGUGUCUUUCCUGGGGCAGCAGGGCGAGACGUCGUUGCGCGGCGAGGCGACGGCGCCCGAGUGGAACGAGCAGCUGAGCUUCGUGGAGCUCUUGCCGCCGCUGAUGCGCGGCUUUCGUCUGCAGCUACGGGACGACGCGCCCCUGGUCGAUGUGGCCCUCGCCACGCACGUGCUGGACCUGAGGCAGAUCUCACAUCCGGGCGGGGCGGUGUCGCAGGACAGGGGGCUGCAGGAGGUUGAGAGUCUGCAGCGCAGCCCCACUUCCGGGGCCUGCAAACGGCUGAAGCAGGCACUGCAAGAGCUGGUGGCUGGGAGCAGAUCUCCCCUGCUCUGUUCCUCCACACUCCUUCCAGCUAAUGACUUCCUUUCCUACUUCAUGGAGAAAAUAGAAGCCUCACCUUCCUCCAUCCAGUCUACUGCCUUGCCAGCUUCUGCAACCAUCUGCUCUCCUCUUCCUGCUACAGCAGAGGAGAAACUGUUGGCAAAGCAAGGACUGUGGCUCCUUCAGGGCCUGAGACAGGGCAACGUGCAAGAGAAGGUGGCACUGGCCAAGAAGCUCCUGGUGAAACUGCGCUUCCUGGCCCAGGAGCCCCAGCAAUCCCUCCUGGAUGUGCUGGUCUGGAAGCUCAGUGGGUGGCGCCAUGUGGCCUGGGCCCGGAUCCCCGCCCAGGAUGUGCUGUUCCCUGUGGUGGAGGAGGAACGGGGCCGGGACUGUGGGAAGAUCCAGAGUCUGCUGCUCACAGCACCUGGGGCAGCCGCUGGCGAGGUCCGUGCCAAGCUGGAGCUCUUCCUGGGGCUGGAGCUGGGCAAGCAAGCCAAGGCCUGCACCUCAGAGCUCCCCCCGGACCUGCUGCCUGAGCCCUCGGCUGGGCUGCCCCUCAGCCUGGACCGGGACCACUUCAGCUACUUCCAGCUCUGGGCUCACUUGUACCAGGCCCGAGGUGUGCUGGCAGCAGAUGACAGUGGGCUCUCGGACCCCUUUGCUUGAAUCCUCAUCUCUACCCAGUGCCAGACCACACGGGUCCUGGAGCAGACGCUGAGCCCUCUAUAGGAUGAACUCGUGGCGUUUGAUGAGUUAAUCGUGGACGGGAAGAGGAAGCACCUGCAGGAGGAGCCCCCACUAGUGAGUGUCAAUGUCUGUGACCACAGUAAGUUUGGCCCCUCUGUGUUCCUGGGCAGGACGCUGGCCGCCCUGAGGGUUAAGCUGAGGGAGGACCCUUACCAGCAUCCUGAGUUGCAGUUCUUCCCCCUGAGGAAGGGGCCCCGGGCAGCCGGGGAGCUCAUCGCCACCUUUGAACUCAUUGAACUGGACUACAGUAGCUGACUUGAGCCCUCAGUGCCUAGUGAUGUGGAGCCCCAGGACCUGACCGCCCUGGUUGAGCCCCUCUCCGGACGCCUACCCCUGCCACCGCACGUGUGCCCGGUGCUUAGGGAGUUCCAUGUUGAGGUACUGUUCUGGGGUCUGAGGGGCCUUGGCCGUGUGCAUCUGUUUGAGGUGGAGCAGCCCCAGGUUGUGCUGGAGGUGGCCGGUUGGCGAGUGGAGUCCGAGGUCCUGACCAGUUACCGUGAGAACCCCAAUUUCACUGAGCUCGUCAGGCAUCUGACAGUGGUCCUCUCUCCCUACCCCCAGGACUUGCCAGAGCAGCCUUAUCUGCAGCCCCUCAGCAUCCUGGUGAUUGAGCGCUGGGCCUUUGGACGCACAGUGCUCGUGGGUUCCCACAUUGUCCCCCAUAUGCUGAGAGUCACACUCUGGAGUCAGGAGGAUCCCCCUGAGGAGGAAGGAGAGGAGGAGACAGGGGACCUGGUGCCCAAGGUACCUCAAGAACAGAGGUCCUGGGAUCCCUUCUUGGCUGAAGUGGGGAUACUCAGGUGGCUCCUAAAGGCUCCUCUGAAGAAGCUCCCUUUGGGAGGCCUCCUGAAUCAAGGCCCAGAGCUGGAGGAGGACAUCCCAGAUCCUGAAGAGCUCGACUGGUGGUCCAAGUACUAUGCAUCUCUGCAGGAGCUCCAGGGGCAGAUUAAGGAGGUAAAGGGUAGGGAAGAAUCUUUGACCUGCGCUCUGGAUGAUGCUGGGGAUUCAGAUGGGGGCAAUCUCCUUUCUGUGGAUGGGGAAGCCCAAGACCAGGGUAAGGCUGAAGUCAAAGGCUGUGUGUCCCAGAAAAAAGCAGUCGCCACUCUGAAGGCCCUCGCCUUUCAUAUUUACAACAGCUCCCUGGAAGAAGAGUUUAACCACUUUGAAGCCUGGCUGAAUGUGUUUCCCCUGUAUCGAGGGCAAGGAGGUCAGGAUGGAGAUGGAGAGGAAGAAGGGUCUGGAAACCUUGUGGGCAAGUUCAAGGGCUCCUACCUCAUUUACCCUGAAUCAGAGGCAGUGUCCUUCUCUGAUCCCCAGAUCUCCAGGGGGAUCCCACAGAAUCGGCCCAUCAAGCUCUUAGUCAGAGUAUAUGUAGUAAAGGCUACCAACCUGGCUCCUGCGGAUGCCAACGGCAAAGCAGACCCCUAUGUGGUGGUGAGCGCUGGCCAGGAGCGGCUGGACAUCAAGGAGCGCUACAUCCUCAAGCAGCUGAACCCCAUCUUUGGAGAGGCCCUAGAGCUCAGCAUCUCUCUCCCUGCUGAGGCUGUGUUUGAUCAUGACCUCGUGGGUUCUGAUGACCUCAUCAGAGAGACCCACAUUGAUCUGGAAAACUGAUUCUAUAGCCACCACAGGGCGAACUGUGGGCUGGCGUCCCAGUAUGACGUAGUCCAACAGGGCCCUCAGGAGGAUGGCUACAGUGCCUGGCGUGACGCAUUUCGGCCUUCGCAGAUCCUGGCGGUGCUGUGCCUACCCUGUGGCCUCCCCACACCUGAAUACCGAGCCGGGGCUAUCAAGGUGGGCAGCAAACUCUUUCUGACACCGCCAGAGACCCUGCCCCCAGAGGAGCCCCAGGCAUUGCUGGUGCUGCGGCACUGGCAGGAGACGCCUGGGCUUGGGAUCCAGCUGGUACCUGAGCACGUAGAAACACAGCCCCUCUACCAUCGCCACAGCCCAGGGCUGCUGCACCUCUUCCUGUGCCCCCAGGGAUCCCUUCAUGUGUGGAUUGACAUCUUCCCCCGAGAUGUGCCUGCCCCACCUCCAGCUGACAUUAAGCCUCGGCAGCCAAUCAGCUAUGAGCUCAGAGUCAUCAUCUGGAACACGGAGGGUGUAGUUCUGGAUGAUGCAAACCCACUCAAUGGAGAGAUGUCGAGUGACAUCUAUGUGAAAAGCUGGUUGAAGGGGCUGCAGCAAGACUAGCAGGAGACAGACGUUCACUUCAACUCUGACCAGGGAGGGGACUUCAGGCGCUUCAUGUUCCGCUUUGACUACCUGCCCACCGAGCGAGAGGUGAGCGUCCGUUGCUGGCCUGGACCCUUUGCCCUGGAGGAAGCUGAGUUCCGGCAGCCGUCUGUGCUGGUCCUGCAGGUCUGGGACUAUGACUGCAUCUCCGCCAACGAACGACUAGGAUCCUUGGAGCUGCAGCUACCGGACAUGGUGCGAGGGGCCUGGGGCCCCGAGCUCUGCUCCGUGUGGCUGGUCCGGGACGGGCCAAGGCGUAAUCUGUUUCGCUGCCGCCGCUUGCGGCGCUGGUGGCCUGUAGUGAAGCUGCAGGCGCCGGAAACUCAGGCUGGCAAGAAGAGGGAGAGGUAGAAGGGCCGGCCAUAAGACUUAGAGUUCUCGGACUCAGGAGGCAACGUCUACAUCCUCACGGGGAAGGUGGAGGCUGAGUUUGAGCUGCUGACUGUGGAGGAGGCUGAGAAACGUCCAGUGGGAAAGAGGCGCAAGGAGCCAGAGCCCUAGGAGAAGCCCAGCCGCCCCAAAACCUCCUUCAGCUGGUUUGUGAACCCGCUGAAGACCUCCGUCUUCUUCGUCUGGCGCUGGUGCUGGCGCAUCCUGCUGCUGCUGGCGGCACUGAUCACUGUCUUCCUCCUCCUCGUCUCCUACACCAGGCCUGGCCUGAUCAGCCAGGUCACCGUCCGCCCCCUCCACCGCCCCUGA